UUGUCGUAGUCGCUUCGCAGUCUUGGUAUUGCGCAUCGUCUUUCAACACCAUCGUUGUUCGGCUUUCCUGACCAAACAUUCCAUUGCCCGCCGACGGUCCGGGGGCGCAGCACAACAUCAUCAUCAACCCGCAUCACGCAUCUCGACUACGGAUAUAUAGCUAACCUGUGCGCUUGGCAGAAAACAUCAAGCAGUCUUUUCACCGUCACGGUCGAGCAGGCAGUUAUCACUACAACCAGCAGAGAGAGAUGCCGCAGCCCGCCAACGGCAGGCUCCAUGAUGAGCACACCCCGCUCAUCGGCCGCACUCAGAACUACGAGGACGAGUCGCGCGUCAAGACUAUCCCCAAGCACGUCUUGCAUCUCAUCUAUGCGACACUCGCAAGCAACUAUGUCAACGUCUUCCUUAUCUUUGUACCGCUCGGCAUCAUCGCCGGCGCAUUGCACUGGAACCCAACCGUCGUCUUCGUCCUCAACUUCAUCGCCAUCAUCCCUCUUGCAGCACUCUUGAGUUUUGCGACCGAGGAGCUCUCCGCUAAGCUUGGCCAAACUCUGGGAGGGUUGAUGAACGCGACCUUUGGAAAUGCCGUCGAACUUAUUGUCUCCAUCGUUGCGCUCAAGCAGGGCGAAAUCAGAAUCGUCCAAGCCAGUAUGCUAGGCAGUAUCUUGUCCAACAUCCUUCUCGUGCUCGGAUGCUGCUUCCUCGCUGCUGGCCUCACCCAGCACGAAAGCCGUUUCAACGAGACCGUCGCAUCUACCAUGUCUUCGCUCAUGGCCGUCGCAUCCGCCUCGCUCAUCGUCCCUGCUACCCUCUACGCAGUUAUGCACGGCGACAACAAGAAGGACAACCUCGAGACUGACAAGAACAUUCUCGUUCUAUCCCACGGCACUGCCAUCAUCCUGCUCAUUCUCUACAUCCUAUACCUCUACUUCCAGCUCUACUCGCACCACAGCCUCUUCGCCGACGUUGAGAACCAAGAAGGUGGCGACAACGAGGAGGAAGCCCAGAUCCUGUCGCCCGUCGCUGCCGGUGUUGCAUUGGUCGUUGUCACCGUCCUCGUCGCCAUCUGCGCCGAAUUCCUUGUCGACAGCAUCGAUUCCAUUGUCGAAUCCGCACACAUCAGCAAAACAUUUGUCGGUCUGGUCCUGAUCCCUAUUGUCGGAAAUGCUGCCGAGCAUGUCACCGCCGUCAUCGUCGCAUACAAGGGCAAGAUGGACCUCGCUAUCAACGUCGCCAUUGGAUCUUCCCUGCAGAUCGCGCUCUUCGUCACUCCCUUCCUCGUCAUCCUCGGCUGGAUCAUGGGACAACCCAUGACUCUCCACUUCCAGGGCUUCGAGACUAUGAUCUUCUUCAUCUCCGUGUUGAUUGUCAACUACUUGAUCCAGGAUGGAAAGAGCAACUACCUCGAGGGCGCCAUGUGCAUUGGUAUCUACGCUAUCAUUGCGCUUGCGUUUUACAUCUACCCCGACAAUGCGGCUGGUGACAUCACCGUCGACGUUGUCAAGCGUUUCUUCGCUGUCAACUAAGCGCGCAAUCGUCACAUGUGCAAACCAUUCGCGCUCGUUGAGCGGGCGCUACGGGAGAGUUCUAUUUUCCUAUGUAUAAACUAUUCUUUACCUUAAUAUACUUUUGGUACAGAAGGGAAGGAUAUCUGUUUUCUUAAUUGUUGUAUUUCCUUUGUGUGUUGUCUGUUGAGGUUACCCAUUGUACGAGUAUUCUAUCUGUGGGGCGGUGCAGUUUGCCUUGGCGUUAUAUCUACUUGUGGCAGUGCAUUCGGAACGAGCGGCAGCCGAAAAGUGGAGUGUGGCUUGACGAUCUAAGGGGUCCGAGCUUAGUCGGCGGACCUCAUAUGCUUUUAUGAAGUCCUGGAUACGUUUUUAUUCUAG